GUAUACUGAGUAAAAGUGUAAAUAGAGCUUUUCAUUUCUUAUCUACAAAACUAACUUCAGGAAGACACUGAUAGGCAAUAGGUGUCGCACAACUUUUGCCAGCCAAAAGACGUCAGAAUUUCUUUUCGGUCUGCAUGGGCAACCAAAUUUGAACGAUUUAAAUAAAACUCUCACAGAAGUGUAGACAGAAAACUGGUAAACGGUAAAUCAAAGGUCAGUGUGAAUCUUGUGAAGAAAUAUUGUCGCCUUACGUGCUAAUAUAUACCAGUAGAAAUAUAUUUAGUGGUGAGGGCAAAGGUUAACAAAAUGUCCUUGAGGAAUACAAGCUGAUAUUGGUUGUUUUGCUGGGUUGGCAUAUUUCGUGAAGCGUCAAAUAGUCUUUUUUCUUUUCUCAGACAGUACAAGACGGUUCGAAUGAAAAAUGGCCCCUUUAGCUGCACAUAAAGAAGCACCAAUACCAGAAAGUGCUAAACCUUCAGAUGGUAUAAAAGCAGUACUGCUGGGUCCUCCGGGAUCCGGAAAGGGUACACAGGCUCCACUUUUGAAGGACAGAUACUGUGUAUGCCAUCUUUCAACUGGGGAUAUGCUUCGUGCUGAGGUACAGUCUGGUUCACCGCUUGGAAAGAAGCUUAAGCAAGUCAUGGAUGAAGGGAAGUUGGUCAGUGAUGAUCUUGUUGUCAACAUGAUUGACAAGAACUUGGACAAGCCUGAAUGUAAAAAUGGAUUCCUACUUGAUGGCUUUCCAAGGACUGUGGUCCAGGCUGAAAAGUUGGAUGACCUCUUGGACCAAAGAAAUACCAAAUUAGACGCUGUUAUUGAAUUUGGUAUUGAAGACGAAUUGCUUUUCAAGAGAAUAACUGGACGUUUGAUCCAUUCUCCUAGCGGCCGAUCUUACCAUGAGAUAUUCUCUCCUCCAAAGAAGCCUAUGACUGACGAUUUGACGGGCGAGCCUUUGAUAAGGAGGUCCGAUGAUAACGUGGAGGCUCUCAGGAAGCGUUUGAAUACAUAUCAUCAACAAACCAAACCUUUGGUUGAUUAUUAUCAGAUCAGAGGGAUACAUCACCGUGUCGAUGCUGCCAAAUCUGCUUCAGAGGUGUUCAAAAAUAUCGAUUCAAUAUUCUUGAGAUGCCAAGACAAGGCGUCUCAACGCCUUUGAGUGUUUUUAUCCUUUAUACAUUAGUGUUUGAUUCGAAUUAGCGUUUCUGUUAUAUCAUUCCAAAAUAAAGUUAUUUAUUUUAUACA